CGCUUCUUGGAUUAUGCAUUGUACCUUCGCGACGGAGGAGCUCUGCCACAAAACUCCGCAUCUACUGGUGGCGCACAACCGCUUCCCUGUUACAGACGUUAGUAAUGGCUGACCAAUUUCAGAAGAAGAGACCUAAUCCUAACAAUAACAAGAAUGCUAAGAAGAAAAACUCGGAGCAACAUGAAUUCGAAUUCUGUCAGGUGUGUAAAUUGAACCACAAUAAAGGCCGCCGCCACAUUUAUUUCCCCAGCCACAAGAACUCACUCUCCUCACUUCUCAUGCGGUUCCAAUCCAAGCUCUCUGAUGUCAAAUUCUUCGUUAAAACCCCAAUCAUCCUCCGUCCCGAGCAUGCGGAUCGCAGCUGUCUGUGGUGUAUUUUUUGUGAUUGUGAUAUUCUCGAGCUCGAUAGUACAUUCGCAUGUGGCAAUGCGAUCCGGCAUCUGGCUAGUGAGGAACAUUGGAAGAGAGUGAAGGGGUUUAUGUGGAAACAUGGAGGCGAGAAGGACCGUGUGGACUCUUUUCGAAUUUCCGAGGCAGAUUUCGCGAAGUGGGAGAAAAAGUGCAAUGGUUUGAAGACCGAAAGUGCUAAUGCUGAAUCUCGUGGAACAUUGAUUGGUCCAAUGAAUGAUAUCCACAAUGAACUGAACUUUGACUCUGUUAAUAGUUUUGAUAAAACUGAUAUCCAGUAUUUUGAUUUUAACACCUCAAAAAGUGUUGUGCCUUUACAAAGCUAUACAAAUGAGAGAUCUCAGAUAUCUUACUCAGAUUUAUCUCGAGUCUCAGAGGCUGGCCCUCCUUUACAGAAUAUGCUUGGGGGCACACAAGUGGGAGAUGCACGUGUUUUGAAAAAUUCAGCAGGUCUAUAUCCGUGUUACUGUUAUGGUCUUUAUUAUAAACCGUCCUUACGAUGUUAUGUUGGAUAUCAACAUUCAUGCAACACUCUUGUUGGGGCAUGCUCAUCCUCUGGUUAUGUCAUUAAUGGAUCUCAGGUUUGCCCUGGUGAAAGAACAGCUAAUGGAGUGAGCAGUUCUCAGGUUUUGCAAAACCUUACACAAAUAACUUCCUUACCCCGAGAAGCAACUGAAGGAAAUGUUCAUACUGGAGCACCUCCUCCUUGGUUUGAUGCAACUGAAGGAAAUCAACGGGACGUUAGGCUAAAACCAGAAUUUAGCAAUUUUGUUUCCCAUUCAGGGAAGUCCUCAAAAUUAAAUCCAAAACGGGUUGGAGCUGCUUGGGCAGAGAGAAGAAAGAAAGAGCUAGAGCUGGAAAAGAAGGGUGAGCUUGUCACCAAUAAUUUUGAUGCUAAUUGGCUUCCUAAUUUUGGUAGAGUUUGGCAAUUGGGUACCCGAAAAGAAUCCAGAAAAGAAUUUCACAAGGAAAAUAAAUCAUCUAUAGAGGUUGAAAGUAAAUCGGAGAAGCCGAUCUCGUUGCAGCCUUAUAUCAGCAAGCGAAUGCGCAGAGAUGCAAGUGAAUAAUGCUUCUAAAUCAUAUUGUCCAUUCACCGUGCUACAUCUCUGUUUCAAUGUUGCUUAUGAUGUAUAUUUUUUCUGUUUCUACACUCAUCAAGACAAAGGUAAUGGAAAUCAUUUUCAUCAUGUAGUUCAAUCUUGUAAAUGCAUUGUAUCUUUAACCAUGCUAGCUGUGUCUUGAAAAUUAAUUAAUUUGAAUGGUUUUGUGCUAUUGGCACGUGUGA